GCGGGUGCAGGUAAGCGUGAUUCUAAACAAAUAAAUAAAUGCUGGGAAAAUAUCAAGUCUCGAGCAAUAUAUCGUCAAACAAAAGAGAGAAGCUAAACUACAAUGGUGGUGGUACGGUCUCACCGGAAAGAGACGAAGGAGCAGAAGCCGUUGUUUCAAUAAUUCCAGAUCAAAUGACUAGCCUGGACAAUGCUUUUGACGAUGAUAAUUAUGAAGCUGGUGAGAGAUUUUGUGGUACUGAACGAAUAUACAGUAAACUGCUUGAACAUUAAUUGAAAAAAAACCCCUUUCGAUUCCUAAACAGUUCUGCGUUUUCAUCUCCUAUAGGGAUGACAUUUGUAUAUGCGUACAGUACGUCAAUCAUCCCAACAACGUUCGGAAAUGCACAUAUUCUCCAGAAGUCAAGUUUCAUUUGUGGUAGCAAAUCAGCCGCGAGAAAUUGAAUUUUUAUUAUUUUCUAAGCGAGCAAUUGCCUCAGAUACUCGUUUAAUAAUUCGACUUGCAUACGGUUGAGAUAUGUCACAGAGAUCUCCUCUACAUGCUAGCUGAAACGUACCAGUUGCAUAAUAACGUAAUGUCAACAAAGCUUUAUGUCCGCAGGAAUUGGAUUACCUCGUUCAUUAUGACCACAUAUAGCUGGCCCUAUUAUGUUUAAGAUCUCCCGAAAGCCAUCCUUUGACCUUUGUUAAUCUAAAUCUGAUUCAAAAUUGCUCCUCAUACAUUUCAUAGUUGAAAUUGUAAAUUCUAUCUCAGUUUCUAUUAUUGGG